AGUACAUUGAGCUCCAUAGAGACAGCGCCGGGGCAAGUGAGAGCCAGACAGGCACGGGGAGACUCUGUGCCUUGCUGAGGAAAAAUAACUAAACAUGGGCAAAGGAGAUCCUAAGAAGCCGAGAGGCAAAAUGUCAUCUUGGGAAGAGCAUAAGAAGAAGCACCCAGAUGCUUCAGUCAACUUCUCAGAGUUUUCUAAGAAGUGCUCAGAGAGGUGGAAGACCAUAUCUGCUAAAGAGAAAGGAAAAUUUGAAGAUAUUGCAAAGGUGGACAAGGCCUGUUAUGAGAGAGAAAUGAAAACCUAUAUUCCUCCUAAAGGGGAGACAAAAAAGAAGUUUAAGGAUCCCAAUGCACCCAAGAGGCCUCCUUUGGCCUUUUUCCUGUUCUGCUCUGAGUAUUGCUCAAAAAUCAAAGGAGAACAUCCUGGCCUGUCCAUUGGUGAUGUUGCGAAGAAACUGGGAGAGACGUGGAAUGACACUGCUGCAGAUGACAACCAGGCUUAUGAAAAGAAGGUUGUGAAGCUGAAGGAAAAAUAUGAAAAGGAUAUUGCUGCCUAUCAAGCUAAAGGAAAGCCUGAUGCAGCGAAAAGGGGAGUUGUCAAGGCUGAAAAAAGCACGAAAAAGAAGGAAGAGGAGGAAGAUGAGGAAGGUGAAGAGGACGAGGAGGAAAAGGAAGAAGAAGGUGAUGAUGAAUAAGUUGGUUCUGGCGCAGUUUUAUUUUUCUUAUCUAUAAAGCAUUUAACCCCCCUGUACACAACUCACUUCUUUUAAAUAAAAAAAUUGAAAUGUAAGGCUGUGUAAGAUUUGUUUUUAAGCUGUACAGUGUCUUUUUUUUGUAUAGUUAACGCACUACCAAAUGUGUCUUUAGAUAGCCCUGUCCUGGUGAUAUUUUCAGUAGCCACUAACCUUGCCUGGUACAGUAUGGGGGUUGUAGAUUGGCACGGAAAUUAAAGCAGGUUCUUGGUGCACAGCACAAAUUAGUGGUAUAUGGGGAUGGUAGUUUUUUCAUCUUCAGUUGUCUUUGAUGCAGCUUAUACGAAAUAAUUGUUGUUCUGUUAACUGAAUAACACUCUGUAAUUGCAAAAAAAAAAAAAAAAGUUGCAGCUGUUUUGUUGACAUUUCGAAUGCUUCUAA